AUGGAUACAGACAGGCAAGACGAGGUCGACUCACCUAUGAUUGAGGACUUUCUCGACUGCGACCAGUUGAUAUCAGACUCAGACGGCGGCAGCUCUGGCAGUUCUUCUCCUCGGAGGUCGUUCAAACGCCUUCACAUCCACGUCGACAUGACCAAUACCCAGUACCUGGCGCCUGGGGCGCACCACACCGAACAGUCUCGGAUGGACGGCUUGCCGAUCUGCACUAGCGGCCCAUCAACAAGUGCUUUCUCUUCAGCGGCCGAUCUUGACCCCUACAGCGCAGUAUCCGGCGUCUCGUCGUUCAACUACCCUGCUGCUGCUGACCCAAGCCUCCUGACGCCGGCAUCGAGCUCGGGGAGCCCUCCUCUGCAGCACAAACAGUCGGGAAAGCCCAUGCGCACUUACCACCACUCUCAGGCACCGGCUCUCGCACCACAGGCGCCGACGCCUCCCGACACUUCCAAGAUGUACAACUACAAUGGUUACGAGCUCAACUCCAGCAGCCAAAGCCCCUCUCCCAUGACGGUGAACCCGACAGUGACCGAAGCUGCGCCCUUCAUGACGCCCUAUAUGGCGCAUUCUCCCCCCGUCAGCCACCACACCUCUUCGCCUAAGAGCGAGAUCCCGCCUCCGAUCGAUCCUUACCUCGGCCACUUCACAGUCUCGGGCGGAAACGACGGUGAUGUAACGCACCACUCGCUGCAAGACUACCACCCGUACGGCGUUGAGGUCGCCCAGCCCGGCGCAUACCUUACUCAGCAACACGUCCCUGUCGGCACGCCUCACAUGCACCACCGCAUGCCUUCCAAUGGUUCGGCACCAGUACUGUCGCAACCCCACCCUUCCCACUACAGGCCGCACUCUGGGGGCCAAGUAGGAGCGAUCGAAGACCUGCGAGACCCUGCCAUGCUCCUCGGGCCCUACCCACCUCACGGUGCUAUGAGCCCCGGGAGGAGAAUGCCGCCGCGGAAGAAACCCUCGAAUUCUAGGAAACCGUCCCGCACAUCCAAGGCGAUACCCCACGCCGAGUCGAGUGCCAAUAGGCAGUUCAGGCCGGAAGACGAUGGAGAGGAACUCACACUGAAGGACGACGCUCCGGAAGAUGACAAGUACCUUUUCCAGCUCCGAAAGGAAUUCAUCUCAGAAAAAGGGAAGGGCAUGUGGGAGGAGAUGAAGGCCAGGUACUCAGAGAAGCACCAGGGCAACUGGGAGAAGGCCGCCCUGCAGAUGAAGGUCUCGCGAGCAGUGGCCCGGUAUGGCGUAUGGCCAGAAAGAGAGAUCGAUCGGCUUAAAGAGGCCUUCGACUACUUCGAGGAGAUGCGGUACCAGCUCAUCAUCGCCCGGAUGAAGGAAACCGGCGGCUGCCGGGUUUGGGACUGGAAGAAGCCGCAUAUCGUUGCGAUGCUGGUAAAGUUGGGCUUGGAAGAACCAACAGUCAACGAGAAGACAGGGACACGCCGGCGCAGGAAAGCGGCCAAGAGGCAAGGCGGCCCUCAGAAUGGCGGCCACCCCGUCAUGGGCGACUGGUCGGGCGGGCUCGGCUUGCACCACCCGGUUUACCACGGCCACGGUCACGCACACCACGUCGCCGCCGCCGCGGCAGCGCGUCAGGGCCAGCCGUACGACACCAUGAUGGACGACGACUUUGGCGGGGCACCCAACCUGACGGCCAAGGAACAGGACGACCUCAUCAACGACGUCUUCAGCAACGUCAAGCCAGAACGCAGCCUCAGCCCAGACGACGGCAUGGACGGGCUCGCGUAUGGCAACGGCACCGACGGCGGCGCACGACGGCCCUCGAUGGCCGCCCCGCGCGAGUUCAACCACCAGGGCAGCGCCCGUGUGGCACGGCAAGCGUGCGAUCAACUGCUACAGCACCCUUCUUCAUAG